GAACUAUAAAGGCUGGCGCCCGAAAAGUUUCAUAGGCAAACAGAAUGGUUGUCUACAGCUCCCCCUUCCCUGCCAUUCCCAUCGUCAAUCACUCCCUUUUCACUCAUCUUCUGCAGAAGAGCAAGGAUGGUAAACUCAUUGGUGAUCACUCUGCUGAUUUACCUGUCUUCGUCGACUCCGUCACUGGGACUGUCUUGACUAGAGAGAAACUGCGCUCCCUGUGUCUUUCUCUUGGAUAUGGUCUUCAACAUCACGGUAUGAAGCUGGGGGAUACGAUUCUCCUGUUCUCACCCAAUGCACUCGCGUAUCCUGUCGUCCUUCUUGGCGCAAUUUCCGCCGGUCUAAGAUGCACGCUGGCCAACAAUGCUUACACCAGCCAUGAACUUGCACAUCAAUACACAGACAGCCGGGCACGGCGGAUAUUUACGACCGAAGACAGCCUGCCUGUUGUGCGCGCGAUGUUCGAGGAAAUUGGUGUGGGAGCUGAUGAGGCGACUGCCAGAAUUAUCGUUCUUGGCAAGAGCCUCAAGUGGGCAGGUGGUCCAGAUGCUCCUCGCACGUCGUCUUUACUGCACAUGGAAGAUUUACUCCGAGUCGGCUCAUUGGAAGAGGAGGUAAAAUUUGAUGGGGAACGUGCACAUGAGACUGCCUUGUUGUGCUAUAGCUCAGGAACAACCGGGAAACCGAAGGGCGUUGAGACAACACAUCAAAAUCUUACUUCGGAGAUCGACAUGCUGGCCGCAGUGUGGACUCAUGGCUCCGGGAACAGGCAUCUCGGUUUCCUACCCAUGUAUCAUAUCUAUGGAGCUGUCAUCAUUCUCUUUCUCACACAAAAACUUGGUCAUACGAGUUUCAUCCAACAGCGCUUUGACCCACUGCACUUUUGCGAGGACAUCCAGAAGUAUAAGAUCCAAAUAGUUAUGCUUGUUCCGCCCAUAGCGGUAUUCCUCUCUCGGCAUCCAUUGGUGGAGAAAUAUAACCUUUCGUCGUUGAAGUUGUUGACGUCCGGAGCAGCUCCAUUGGGCCCUGAAUUGACGAACCAAGUCACGGCGCGACUUCCGUCACUCAACGUGAAUGCGUCGGUCAUCCAAGGUUUCGGUAUGACUGAACUUUCACCCGUGACACAUCUGCUACCCCCGGCUGAUGCAACACGGAAAGCGGGGAGUAUAGGCUUGCUCUUACCCAACUUGCAAUCCAGAAUUGUUGACGAAGAUGGGCGUGGUGCACAGACAGGAGAGAUGUGGAUCAAAGGGCCUAUUGUGAUGAAGGGAUAUAUUAACAACCCGACCGCGACUGCCAACACCAUCACGGAGGACGGCUGGUUAAAGACGGGCGAUAUCGCUGUCAGGGAUGAUGAGGGGUAUUUCUUCAUCGUGGAUAGAGUGAAGGAAUUAAUUAAGUAUAAGGUGAGAUCUGUACCUCCGGCAGAGCUAGAAAGUGUACUUCUCAGUCAUUCGGGAGUGGCCGACGUAGCUGUGAUUGGUAUUGAAGACGCCGCACAGGCUACGGAGCUACCUAGAGCAUAUGUUGUACCUACACAUCCCGAAAAACUGAGGACAGACACACAGAAAGUUGAGUUUGGGGCUCAGAUAGCCAAAUGGAUGGAAUCAAAGGUAGCUAAGCACAAGUAUUUGCGCGGAGGCGUCGUGACAAUUGAUAUCAUACCUAAAAGUGCUGCGGGCAAGAUUCUUCGGCGGCAGCUGCGUGAUCUGGCGAAGAAGGAGGUACGCAGUCGGCUAUGAUACUUGUCUUCUUAACUACAUUCCGCGUGGGAACUAUCACCUGUUUAGCGUAUGUCUCGUUUUGCACCAGUGGCAAUAAUCCUUAGAGUUCUACGCGCGCGUUCAUCUCGGAGGCCCAUCAGCAAAUGGACAGUGGCUCUUCUAUAACGGCAAGAGCAACAGGCAUACCG